AUGGAUUUAAAAAACACACAACCAUCAUUUCCUCAUCCUCUUCCUCUUGAAUCCAACAUGAACACUGAUCAUAUCGAAUGGGUAUAUGGUAGUCAUGCUCCUGGAAUCCGAAAAGCAAUGAAAAUUCUUGAAGCUCAAUUUUCACAUUCGAAUGCAUCGUCAUCAUCAUCGGUUCAUAAUAAUGAGGAUGUCAUUAACAUUUACAAUAACAACAUGAUGAUGAAUAUUUAUAACGAUGUUUAUCGUCCUAAUCUCCUUGUCGCAAGAUCAUCACAAUCACAUGAGCCAUCAUUGGAUCAGGCAGUUGUUGCUUUUGCUGAUGGUGAUGAUUAUGUUGGGGUUCAUUUCAAGAAGAAGAAUCUUAAUGAUGGUAGAAUCCAUAGCCUACCACAUAAGAAAUAUGGACCAUACACAUGUCCAAAGUGCUACCAAGUGUUGGCUACUUCGCAAAAAUUUGCUUCUCAUGUGACGUCGAAUCACUACAAGUUUGAUAGUGCAGAGGAGAGAAGAAAGAGAUACAUGUUUAGGGCCAGGAAGAAACCAAGUCUCCAGAUUUGCAAGAUUGAUAAUGGACAAACUACUUUUGUUCAUGUUGUUUCAUCUAUUGAUCAACCACCUCUUGCUUCUACUGUCAAUAAUGAUGAUCAAAAUCAAAGUUCUCCUUCAGUGCUUCCUCUUAAUGGAGUUAAACUCGAAUUGGAUCUUGUAGAUGGUUAA